GACGUAACGUACGUAAAGUCGACGACGUGAGAAAAGUACGUACGGACACGACGACUGGAGUUUUAUUUCGGCUUAACUCCGUUUGUGCAUCGAUUACAUUUCACAUGAUAGAAUUUACUACAUAUUUCAAAAUAAAACACAUCCUCAUAGGCAUCGUGACUUAAUCACACAAUUACAAAUCAUGGGUAAAGCCAAAAAGGGGAAGAAAAAUCAGUCGGUGGAAGAUGGUGAUAGUGAUGUGGAAACAACGACCAUAGAAAACCUGAAACCGACUCAAAAUAAAGGACAGAAACAAGACUCAGAUGACAGUGAAAAUGAAAAGCCCAAAGGAAAGACAAAGCAGAAGAAGUCAGUUGACACAGAUGUAAAGGAUGUCACAAAGAAUAUGAAGAAUGUGUCAAUUUCUAACAAGUCACAAAAGAAAGUAGUGAAUGCUGAUAGUGAAGAUGAGUCAGAGGAGGAAGAAAAGCCUAAGAAAGGGAAAAAUAAAAAAGAAGAAAAGAGUGCUUUUUCACUGUUAGAAGUUGAGGAUUCAGGUGGAUCUGCUCCUGAAGCUCCUCCAUCUUCUGAUGAUGAGAAGCCUAUUCAGAAGCCACAAAAAAAGCCAUCACAAGAAAAGAAAGAGCCUGCUGGAAAAAAAGGCAAAAAAGCAAAAAGGAGGAAAGAUGAUAGUGAUGAGGACAUUGAAAAAGUUCUGGCUGAACUUGAAAUGGAAUACUCUGGUGUUAAAAAAGAAGUAACUCCCGCCCCUGAACCUGAAAAAUCAGAAGAAGUGGUUGAAGAAAAACCUAAAACUAAGAAAAAAGGUAAAAAAGAAGAACCGAAACAAGAGCAGAAUGAUGAGCCAGAAGAUAAAGAAAGUGAUAACGAAAAUGAUAUAACAAUAAAAACUGCAGCUCAAAAGAAGAAAGAAAAGAAAGAGCGAGAGAAACAGAAAAAGUUGGAGGCAAAGAAAAAAGAACAGGAUGGUAAAAAAGAUCCAGCAGAACCAAAAAAAGCUUCAGCUCAACCUGAAGAGAUAAAGCCUGAGCCUGCUGAAGAUGUAAAAGACGAUCAAAAACCUCCUUCAGAAGACAAGGAGAAGGAAGGAGAAGGAGAUACACCAGCAGCAGAAGGAAAGAAGAAGAAAAAGGGUGACAAGGGUGAUAAAGAUGACAAAGGUAAAAAGGGGCCAACAAAGAAGACUCUUGCAGCUAUGCAAGAAGCCUUAAAAAAGGUCAAAGAGGAGGAAGAACGUUUGCAAAAAGAAGAGGAUGAAAGAAUAAGACAAGAAGAGGAGAGGGAACUUCAAAGACUUGAAGCCAUUAGGUUAGAAAAAGAGCGCAAAGAAAGGAAGAAGCAGAAAGAAAAGGAGAGAAAAGAAAGACUUAAAGCAGAAGGCAAACUGCUAACCCCCAAACAGAGGGCCGAAAAGGCUAGAGCUCAGGCUAUGCUUGAAUCACUUAAAGCUCAAGGUAUAGAAGUAGGAUCGGCAGAGAAAAAGCCCCCGCGACUUGGUACUAGAGUUAAACCGGUAAAACUUAAAACACAAAUGUCACAAGAAGCUCUUGUAACUCCAGUAGAGGAAAAGAAAAUUGAACUGGAAAUCACAGACAAGAAGGAGGAUUCACCAAAAGAAGAAUCGCCUAAAAAGGAAUCUGAUAGUGAAUCAGUCAAAGAUGCGUGGGAUGCUGAAUCAUCAGAAGAAGAUGAACCUGAGAAAGAACCAGAACCUUCACCACCAAAACCUGAAGUGAAGAAAGCUCAACCAGUUGAAGACAAGGCUAAUGAGAAGGAAGAAGAAGAAAGUUCAGAAGAGGAAGAGGACAGCUCAGAGGACGAAUCAAGCUCUGAAGAAGAUUCAGAAGAUGAACAAAUGACAGAUGCUCAAAAGAAGAGAGAAUUAGUUCUGAAGAGAUUAGAGAAACGCCGUGAAGACAAUGAAAAGAACAAAGUUAACAACCCAUUACGUGCAGCUGUGGUAUGUGUACUGGGACACGUGGACACCGGCAAGACAAAGAUCUUGGACAAGUUGCGUAGGACUAAUGUCCAAGAUGGCGAAGCGGGCGGCAUCACACAGCAGAUCGGUGCUACCAAUGUACCCAUCGAAAAUAUUAAGGAGCAAACUAAACAUGUUAAAGGCGUGAAUGAAAUAUCUUUCAAGUUGCCAGGUUUACUCAUCAUCGACACGCCCGGCCACGAAUCUUUCAGCAAUCUGAGGAACAGGGGCUCUUCUUUAUGUGAUAUUGCCAUUUUAGUUGUUGAUAUUAUGCACGGGCUGGAACCGCAGACAAUCGAGUCUAUAAACUUAUUGAAACAGAAGAAGACACCGUUCAUUGUGGCACUGAACAAAAUUGACCGUCUGUACGACUGGCAGAGUGCUCAAAGGAAGGAUGUGAGAGAUAUCCUUAAGAUGCAACAGCCAAAUACUCAGUUGGAAUUCGAGAAGAGAAGCAAAGAUGUGAUCUUACAGUUUGCUGAACAGGGUCUGAAUGCAGCACUAUUCUACUCGAACCCUGACCCACGUACAUACGUGUCACUGGUACCCACGUCGGCAGUGACGGGCGAGGGUAUGGGCAACCUACUCGCCAUGAUAGUCCAGGCUUGUGAAGGGCCUCUGCACAAACGUCUUGUUUUCUCGCACCAAUUGCAGGCGACUGUGCUUGAGGUGAAAGCAAUCCCCGGUCUGGGCACGACGAUCGACACAAUCCUGAUCAACGGCACUCUGCGAGAGGGCGACACCGCGGUGCUGGCGGGCACGGACGGGCCCAUCGUCACGCAGAUACGGUCCCUGCUCAUGCCGCAGCCGAUGAAGGAGCUCAGGGUCAAGAAUGCCUACAUAGAACACAAAGAAGUGGUAGCUGCUCAGGGAGUCAAGAUAGCCGCUAAAGAGUUAGAGAAAGCUAUAGCUGGGCUCAACUUGCUUGUGGCACAGAAACCUGAUGAAGUUGAUGUUUUAAAGGAGGAGGUGGCCCGAGAGCUAAAGUCAGCUCUGUCGUCCAUCAAGCUGUCUGAACGCGGCGUGUACGUCCAAGCGUCCACGCUCGGCUCGCUCGAGGCGCUGCUUGAGUUCCUUAGAACUAGUAAAAUUCCUUACUCCGCCAUCAGGAUAGGGCCGGUGGUGAAGCGUGACGUCAUGAAAGCGUCGGCCAUGUUGGAACACGACUCGCAGUACGCAACCAUUUUGGCCUUCGAUGUAAAGAUAGAGCGCGACGCGCAAGAGAUGGCCGACAACCUCGGCGUGAAGAUCUUCGCGGCGGACAUCAUCUACCACCUGUUCGACAAAUUCACGGCGUACCGCGAGGAGCUGAAGCAGAGGAAGCGCGAGGAGUUCAAGCACAUCGCCGUCUUCCCCUGCAAGCUGAAGAUAAUGCCGCAGUUCGUGUUCAACUCGCGAGACCCUAUCGUCGCCGGUGUUAUGGUGGAAGCUGGCGUUGUUAAAGAGGGGACGCCGAUAUGCGUUCCCAGUAAAGAGUUCGUGGAACUUGGUGUGGUGACGUCAAUCGAGGUGAACCACAAGCAAGUGGAGACGGCGCGCAAGGGGCAGGAGGUGUGCAUCAAGAUCGAGCCCAUCCCCGGCGAGUCGCCCAAGAUGUUCGGCCGACACUUCGACGAGACCGACUUCCUAGUCAGCAAGAUAUCGCGCGCAAGUAUCGACGCUUGCAAGGAUUACUUCAGGGACGAUCUCAUCAAAACUGAUUGGCAAUUGAUGGUCGAGCUGAAAAAGCUCUUCCAAAUACUCUAAAAUUGAAAUUAUACAAUAUUAUAACACCUUGAAUGUAUGUAGUGUCUCGUUGUUUGUAACAGUAUGUUACAUGUGAUUUUUUACUUGCUUUUUUUAUAAAGCUCUCAUCCUAAAAGCAACUUCUGUGGUGCGAAGAUUUUUAUCAUAUAAUAUCCUCCUGGUCGGUUCUCCAGGUGUCUGGUCUGUUCCAUCUAAUCUGAUUCCUCUUAAUAUCAUCCUAUCAUUGUUGGCGUCAAAUUUAAUCAAGUGGAAACGUGUAGUGUCCUGGAAGAAUGCCCCUUUUAAAAAAAACAGUUUAUAUCCUGUAGAUUUAGGUAAAUAAGUUUGGUUGAAAGUAUAAAUCACAUAAAAGGAGAUGGUCCAAAAUUGUAUGUAGACCAGGAUCAGUCAUUGUACCCUGGCGGAAAUAAAGGAAAAUAUUUUUUUAAAAUUUUUGGUUGUACAAAAUCUAUGAAUUUACUUUAAUUCUUUCGAAAUAAUAUUCAUUCUCUCCCAAGGAAUGCAACACUAAUAUGGGUUUGAUGACGUUUUCAAUGCAGUAGUCUAUUAGACAUUUGCUGUCAACUCUCAUGUUAUAGUUAUGGGCGCCAUCUUGAUAUAACUCAAAAACUUGGGUUUUAGUUUUGUUUAUUUCUUUUUAUUUAGUUAGAUUUAUUCACUUAUUUAGAGUUUAAUAAAAUCCUUGUAUUUUUAAAAUUUUAAUGAUACGGGGUACAAGAGCGGACCUGAAAUGGGCCAUCUCCUUUUAAUAUUUUAUAAAUGUAUUGUCAAAUCACACUACAGAAGUAACAGCAUAGUGUAGUGUAAGGUCUUGAAGCGUGGUUACUGGUUUUUCUGAACUGUUUGUGUUUAAUAAAAAAUGACUACUUAUUUGAUAUUAGUAUAUUCUAUAUUGCAGCUUCCUUGAUGAUGAUGAUCAGGGCCUUAUGGUUUCGGCUUUAUGCUUCACCUUGCUAAUUUGCCAUAUUACUCGUAGUUUAUCUUAAGUUCUAAACCUGCGGGGGUAUUUUCAAUAGGGCACUUUUCUUUCACACACAUUUAUUUAUAUGAUAAUUUUUGCUACUAAAUUAUGUACCUAUGUUAAUUCGACAACCAUACGCAUCAUAGAAUCUCGUAUCCGUAUUAUUAAAAGGAUACAACCAUAUUUUACGUCCAUAUAGAUAUUUAGUGGUACGUUUCGUGCUAUUCAUUUGGUGUUUCAACCUCGAGAAUGAAAAUUGGUAUUGAAACCUCCUACGCUCUCGUUAACAUGUGUAAAUAGUCCAUUAGAAAUUCUAUUUAUUGAAACUAACAAAGCGCGUUUUAUUUUCAACCUUUUGGUAUCUUUUAUUAGGUCUCGGAUUUGUCUAUGUACGAAAUAUAAAAAUCUUUUGUCAAAUGUCUUUAUUAUACAUUAUGUAAUUGAAUUAUUUGUAAAUAUUACAGAUGAAUUAUUUGAUAUGUUUUUUUUUUAUUUAGUGUACAUAUAUAGAGUGGCAACACCGGGUGAUUUAUUCUUUUUUUUUAAUUAAUGACCUCUUAAAUGAGGAUGCAAUACAAGAUCUCGGAUUUAUUAUUCUUUCAAUGAACGUGGAUAGAAGUAAUAAAGAAAAUGUGAGAAACUUCAAACAAAUAUUUUAUCUUAUUUCCGAAUAUUUCUAUUGUUUAAUCAUUUUAAAAUUUCUAAUACUCGUUAAAAGGCAACUGUGUACGUACAAUUAAAACUAACAUUUUAAAUAAAUAGGCAUGUAAUUUAAAAUCAUAGAAAUAUGGAAUGUGUUAAUUAUAUUAAUUGUAGCUAUUCCUUUAAAUUAUUCUUUCUCAAUUAUCAUAUACGAGUAUCUUAAUCGAGAUCUUUAGAUAUCUAGUUUCAUCCCAAUUAUUGUUACGAUUUUACGGCACCUAGUGUAAAGUAAAAAAUCAUAUUAAUCGUCCUUGUGUAUUUAUAUUUUAAAACAUUUCGUUUAUUAUAUUUGUUAAAAAUGUAAAUGUUGUCUUGUCUAAUUGAAUUGUCACAAUUAUUAAUACAUGAGUCCGAAAUAAAGAUACAGAAGGUUGUAUUUUUUGUAGGUAUUAUCCUGUUUUUUAAAUGCUUUGUAUUAUAUAGAUGGAAUCGGACAUAUUCUUAUAUUGAAGAAAUUUUAAUAAUAAUAAAUUACUAAAUAUAUA